AUGCCAGCCCAGCAGAGGAAGCUGAUCUUUUGCACCGCUGGGGUGCUGAGCUUCGCCUGCGCGCUGGGCACGGCGGCAGCCAUCGGCACCCAGCUGUGGGUGCGGGGCACGAUCCUCUGCACGACGGGAGCGCUGCUCGUCAACGCCACCGGCCCCGAGCUGCACAAGUUCAUCGGCGAGAUCCAGUACGGGCUCUUCUCCGGGCAGCGCGUGCGGCAGUGCGGGCUCGGGGGCAGACCCUUACAGUUCUCAUUUUUUCCAGAUUUGCUCAGAACUAUCCCUGCAAGUAUCCAUGUUAGUGUCAUUCUCUUCUGCACAGUACUGAUCAUCUUCGCUCUGGUGGGAUCAGGGUUCUUCAUGUUCAAUGCUUUUGGCAGACCCUAUGAAACACUGCAUGGCCCUAUGGGGUUGUACCUCUGGAGCUUCAUUGCCUGUUCCUGCGGUUGCCUCAUCAUGAUUCUCUUCUCCUCAGAGGUGAAGAUCCACCAUCUCUCAGAGAAAAUUGCAAAUUUCAAAGAGGGAUCGUUUAUAUUCAAGACUCACAGUGAACAGUUUGCAAAUUCCUUCUGGACCAUCCUGGUUUGCUCUCUGGUGCACUUCCUCAAUGCCCUGCUAAUUCGACUUGCUGGGUUUGACUUUCCCUUUUCAAAACCAAAAGACUCAGGGACAAUCUCAGGAACAGUUGACCUGAUGUAUUAG